AUGAUUCCUACAAUUUCAGUAGUUUAUAAAUUUUAAUUGCAAUCGCAAAAAAGACUAACAAAAAUUAAAUGUGCGCUUGCAUAUCUGGCAACUCAGUCUGGAAGUCCGUGAGGUAAAACGUCAACAUCAUGCAUCUAUAUGAAAUGUCACGAUAUUGAUGCUCGAAAAUCAGAAAAUCCGGAUUUCUGCGUCGUCGGCCAUGUUCAGCUGUCAUUAUGCUCUCAAACGUCAUCAUAUUGUCAAUAAAGUUGACCGUGUAAGGUCCGCUUAACACAACAGAAAGAGAAAAGGAGUAAUCGAAUCAAAAACCGGCUUAGAUGAGAAGUAAACUUGAUAUUCCAUGAAGGCAACUUCAUCCAUUCGUUGGUUCAUAGUUUAUUGUUAUCAUGAAGUUUGUUCUGGAGACUGUCACCAAAUGUUCCGGUAGAACUGGAACAAUAAAUGGUAUUGAUAAAUUAUCGAAUGUGAAGUUACAAACACCUGGUUUGAUCCUGCACACUAAGGGAGGUAGUGUACCAUACCUUUCCAAAGAUGUGUUUAAAUACACAAAAAACAAUUCUCAGUUUAUGCAAUACUCUCUUACCAACACGGAGCACAUGCAGGACGCAAUUCACGUGUAUGGAGAAGGUAUAUCUGGUUUCACCGGGCAAAAAGACUCGAUGUCUUUACUUAUACUUAGAGACCCUUCAGAAUUGUGUCAAACAACUUUCCAUGAGAAAGACCUAAUGCCAAUAUAUGGGCGAAGUGGAAAGAAAAACUUCAACUCUGAGCAGUACAUGGAGUUGGUUGAGGCCUUCAAACCAGCAAUUUAUGUCCCACUUUAUGACGGCGACACUGAUGGGCACAGCUCAAAGAAACGCGAGCAAAAAUCUGUCGAUAGGACGGAAAAGUUUGUGGAACAUUGUCUUAAACUGCAUCGGAAAUCCGAGGUUUUGAAGAAUUCCACUAUAAUCGGACCGAUCGUAGGAGGAUAUAAUAUGCAUUUACGGGAACAAUCAAUCAAAUUUCUCAGUCAAUUUGAGAAAGAUCUUGGAGGGUAUCUUAUCGCAGGAAUACACUCGAAUGGUUCAUCAGCAACCGAAAUAAACGCGAGCUCUGUUCAGCAAAUAACUUCUAGUAUUUGUCAAUCACUUCCUCAGGAAAAGGUUCGCUUUGCGUUUGGUGCGUUUAGUCCAAACGUUCUUCUACAACUGGUUUCCAGCGGUGUGGACGUUUUCGAUACGAGUUAUGCUUACUUGAAAACGCAGCAGAAUCGCGCUCUGAACUUUAGCUACGAUACUGACGAAAUUGAAGUGGAAAACCGAGAGAUGGAGUUGGACAUGAAAGAUUCCCGAUGGGCUGAAGACUUUACGGGAUUCGUUAGUUCAUGUCACUGUUUGGCAUGUAAACAACAUACCAAGGCCUAUUCGCACCAUCUGUACAACACAAGAGAAUUGCUUAGCUCAAUUUUGCUAAUGAUACACAAUCUGCAUCACUAUUUUGAGUUCUUCAAUGCUAUUCGGAAGCAUGUAGAGACUGAUACGAUACCUAAACUUGUUGAUCAUUUGAAUAAGCAGAGAGAAUGUCCAAUUGAACAAAAUGUUGUAGUACAAACAAAUGACGGCGACAAUAACAGUAAAGAAAUGUCAAAAAAAGUCAGGUUAUAAUAAAUGAAA